AUGGCUGAUGGAGAAUGUGUUGUUAACCCAACAAGAAAAGAAAUGUCUUCUAGUACUUUAAAUGUAGUGGUUGCUGGAGCACCUAAAAGUCAGAUUGUCAUGUUGGAAGCCUCUGCAGAGAACAUUUUACAGCAGGACUUUUGCCACACUAUCAAAGUGGGAGUGAAAUAUACCCAACAAAUAAUUCAGGGCAUCCAGCAGUUGGUAAAAGAAAUUGGUGUUACCAAGAGGACACCUCAGAAGUUAUUUACCCCUUCACAAGAGAUUGUGAAACAUGCUCAUAAACUCACUAUGGAGAGACUCUAUGCAGUUUUUACAGAUUAUGAACAUGAUAAAAUUUCCAGAGAUGAAGCUGUUAACAAAAUAAGAUUAGAUACAGAGGAACAACUAAAAGAAAUAUUUCCAGAGUUCAAUCUAUAUGAGAUAAUAGAAUCCUUCAAUACUGUUGCAAAGGAAGUUUUUAGAAGUACUAUUUUGAAUGAAUACAAAAGAUGCGAUGGUCGGGAUUUGACUUUACUUAGGAAUAUAAGUUGUGAGGUAGAUAUGUUUAAAACCCUUCAUGGAUCAGAAUUAUUUCAAAGAGGACAAACACCGGUGCUUUGUACUGUUACAUUUGAUUCAUUAGAAUCCAGUAUUAAGUUGGAUCGAGUUAUAACAACUAUAAAUGGGAUAAAAGAUAAAAAUUUCAUGCUGCACUAUGAGUUUCCUCCUUAUGCAACUAAUGAAAUUGUCAAAGUCACUGGUAUAAAUAGAAGAGAACUUGGGCCUGGUGCUCUUGCUGAGAAAGCUUUGUAUCCUGUUAUUCCCAAAGAUUUUCCUUUCGCCAUAAGAGUUACAUCUGAAGUCCUAGAGUCAAAUGGGUCAUCUUCUAUGGCAUCUGCAUGUGGUGGAAGUUUAGCAUUAAUGGAUUCAGGGCUUCCAAUUUAA